AUGGAGGAACAGCUGGUGGCAGCCUUUGCUGCAUUUAAAGAAGAAAUGCAAGGGGCUGUCAACUCUAAGAGAUGGAAGGCUAUCAAGUCAGUCCGAGAAAAGAUUGAAGCAGGUCAAGAGGAAAUCAAAAGAGAAAUUGUUGUCAUAAUAGAAAACAGAAUUGAAGCUACAGAAUUCAGAAUGGACUUGUUGAAGAUAGGAGUUGGAGAAACUAGAGUUUCUUCUGCCAAAGAAAUUCAUAGCAACAGCAGGAAGCAAUUACAAGGUGGUAAUGCAAAUGGAUGGGAUUCUCAAGUCAAGGCCUGCCAUUUCACUGCUUCUCUGAGAGCAGAUGCAUCCGAUAUCCUUCAGACUCUGCUGAAAACCAGAGAAUUUAUUUUUCAGGAGUCAGUAUCUGUUCCUGUAUACUAUCCAUCACCCAAUGUUAGUCGUCCAGCUUCUCAAUUGACUGAGGAAGAACAGAUAAAAAUAGCUCAAAGAAUUGGACUCAUACAGCACCUUCCUACAGGAAAAUAUGAUGGAAGCAAGAAAAACCGAGAGUGUGUUAUUUGUAUGGGAGAAUUUAUGAUAGGAGAUCCUAUACGGUUUCUACCUUGUAUGCAUAUCUAUCACACAGACUGCAUUGAUGAUUGGCUCAUGAGAUCUUUCACAUGUCCUUCCUGCAUGGAACCAGUAGAUGCAGCCCUUUUAACUACAUACCAAACAAACUGAGCUUCUGCAUUUAAAUCUAUAAAGGAGAAUUAAUAAGAGAAAAUAAUGUAUAUCUUCCUGUGAUGGUAUACAGCCAGGUUUGGGGUUAAAAGUGGUUAAAGUAUAUCAUGUGUACUUUUAAUGAAGUAAAUGCUUCUUUUAUUUUUUUUUUGUUGUUCAACUUAAUCGUAAGCAAGGAUUUUUUUAUUGCUUAGGAAGAUUAGAAUUUUUUAAGCAAGCGUAUAUGUUUUGGUAAACAAAGUGAUAUUCAAUUUAUGCAAAAGGUGGGAGAAUUAAAAUUGCUUUUGUUCCAUUUUUAUUCUAAAAUUAAAAUUCAUUUUGCUGUUGAUUUUUUUAUUUAAAUGGAUAUAGAGUUCUUCCAAUAUUUAAUAAUCUCUUUUAUGUGUAUAUAUGUGUGUUAAAAUAAAAAUAUUAGAUAUUCUUUGAAAGUAACAUUUCUGGAAUUUAAAAUAAAAUUGUGACAGUAACUUUGCAAUAAAGUUAAUUCACUGUCCUAGUGUGAUACUGGCAUUUUAUAAAAAUAAAAUUCUUGCAUGUAGCAAAAGUUAAUUUUAUAUUGUAAAAUAUAAAACCUUUUGUAAGUUUUCAUUAAGAAACUGAAUAUUUUUGGUAUAAUUUUGUAAACUAGAAUGUUUCAGCUCUGAUUUGUUAUACAUACCUAAUAUAUAUUUUGUUUGUUUAUAAUUUUUAUUAUUCUGAAUUUUUUGCAAUUCUGAAAAUUUCUGCAAUGUUUAAAUUCAUUGUAGCAUAAAUGUAUCAUAUGUAUAAUAUAAAGAAGUAAUUUUAAAAACUUUUGUAGUAGAUUUUGAAAUUUAUUGUUUUAAAUAAUGUACAAAAAUGUAUUAUAAAGCCAUUGCAUUAUUUGUCAAAAGUGCUCUUUUCACAUUAUGCAAUACAUGUAAGAGUACAGAAAUCACAGGAAGUUAAUUUUCUCAUUUGUGAAGACGGACAGAGAAAUGUGAAAAAGGAAGAGAAAUUUCUUAUGUAUAUGAAUUUUAACCUAAUGCAAUUGUGAUUAAUUUUACCUCACUCUAGUGAAUGUUAUUGUAGAGUUUCAAAGCAAACAAAAGCCCAUAUUAAUUUUAUUAAAUUUUUCUUAAUUUUUUAUUACCUGUCCUUUAAUUCUUAUUCCAGUGCAGUAUUAUUAAUUUUUACAAAAAUUAAUAUUUUUGUACUUGAAGUUCAACUUUUUUUUUUAAAAAAAAAUUUUGAGCAAUAUGUAUAAAAUGGCAUAUGAAAAUUAUAUAUUCAGAUCAUUAUUAAAAGUUUUAAUUUUGUUUAAUGGUGAUUAUUUUCGGUCAUUGUUGAAUUUAAUGCAGUGGAACUUCAAUUACUUGAAACUUAUCCUGAUCAUGUGUUCGUUCUAUCAAAAGUAAAAUUAAUGUUAUUUGGUGUUUAAUUAUUAUUUAUUUUUUUAUUUAUUAUUUAUUAAUUUAUGCCAGAGAUUCUGAAUUUUACUGAGGCAUUGUCUCAGAGAAUAAUUUAAAGGUAGUAGAAAACUGGUAUUUUUAUUAAAAUUUUUAGUAUGUGUUUAACUUGUAUAAUAUAUAAAGCAAAUGUAAAAAUAAAAGUAGUUAAAAAAAAAAAACAAUGGUAUGGGAUUUAGAAAACAUUCCAGAUUUUAUAUCUGAUAUUCAUCUCAUGUAAUAGGUGAGUGUGAAUACUGUUACACAAUUUAUCUAAACUUGAUUUUGUAACUUUUGUUUAAAUUUGAUUGAAAAAUAUUAAAUUUUCCAUUAAAUAAAUCUUUCAGUAUUAUAUUUCAUUAAAAUAAAUUAAUUUUAUAACAAGCUACCCUUUUUUAAAUCUUCUAGCAUUAUACUCAUUUCCAUUAAGUAAAUUUAAUUAAAAUUUUUUUUUAAUUAUUAUUUCCUCAGCAAUUACUCAUCCUCCCCUCUCCAAUAUAACAUAAUAUUUUCACAUUAUUUAUAUAAAAAUUUCAUCUUGUUCCAGACCCCUUUUAGACCAUCUGCAACCCUCCUUUACUUUUAAGAAAGUAAUGCAUGUAUAAUAUAGCUGAUGGUACAAAUGUGUGUAUUAAAAUAUGAAACGUAAAUGUCAAAAGAAAUGCUUAAAUUUAAUUUUGGUUAAGCAAUAUUUAUGUUUGUUUUUGUCUUUGUUGCAGAAAAAGCUCAACUUGAUUUUUGAAAUAUCUAGGUGGGAAGUGAUUCUCAUGUUUCAUAUAUUUGGAGUUGUAAUUUGCUACUGUAAAUGUAUUUAACUUAAUAUAUUUUUAUGGGGCCUGUUAGCUGUUGUAAUUAAUAUAUUACUUUCUUUAUAAAGGCAAGGAAAUGUUACAAAUUCAAGAUAUGGAAAUGUUGUGUAUCAUGUUGCAGCACUUAAAAUGAUUAAGUAAUGAUAUGAUGAGUUCAUGAAUGCAAGAACCCAUGUUCAAUGUUAAUCUAUAGUAAAAAGUUCUGAUAAUAUUUUUCAUGGGGUCUUACUUAACAUUAAUAUUCAAUGGCAUAUGGUGAUUUUUGAAGUUUUCUGCUGUAUCUUGGUAUGUAUGAAAUGAAAUUGUUAACAUUCAUAAAAUAGAUGCAUGCAUUUAGCAGAGUUACAUUUGUUUUAAUUAUAUUUUUAAAUUGCAUUUAAAACAAAAAUUAAUUUUGUAUCAAGUCAGAACUUAUCACAUUAAUAGAAUUAAUGCAUAGAUUAAUUAAAAAAAUAACUGUAUUGUUUGGAAAAUUUUAAAAUUGAUAAAAAGAAUUAUUUAAAUUUUUUAAAGCUUUAAAAUGAUUAAGAUUUGUUUUUAGUAUUAAAAGCAACUUUUUUAGUAUUGAACACAAGCUUCAUAAAAUGAAAAGUCUUUACAUGUAUAUUGUGAAUUCUAUCCAGAUCUUUGCAAGAUGCGUUUUGAAUAGUCAUCCUUUUAUUUUAUGCUGAUGCAUAAAGGAAUGUUAUUCAUUGUAGCAAUGCAUGUGUGUGAUUGUAUUGUGUCAUUAAAAUUUAUUAAUUUCUCUUUCUUAGUCAUGAUUUUCAUGCUUGCAUUGUGUAUUAACUUUGUGUAUAAUUGUGUAGAUGUAUUAUUACUAUUAUUCAACAAUUACAAUAUUAUUACUCAACAAGAUGAUAUAUUUUAACAUAUCAUAAUGAUUUUGAACGAAUUCAAAUUGAUAACUGAGUAUGUAUCUGCAUAAGUUUUAUGUUUUCUUAUGUUUAGAGUAAAAACAUUUUCUUUAGAUUGUGAUGUGAAAUUUUCAAUUAAAAUUUUAUGACCUAAAUCACAAAAUAUAGUUUUCAUUCAAGUCAGGUAUAGGAAUUUUGUUGUGCAUGUAUGGGUUGGGGGGAAUGCUGGAUGUUUUUGUAUCUUUUAAUAUUGCUAUUAAGAGAUAUAUUUCCAUUUAGUUGUUGAAGCUUUUGCCACUGAGUUCAUGUUCCAUCUUUCCUAUGCGUUAUGUUUUCAUAGAAAAUAAACUUCAAUUUAAUAACUUCUGAAACUGUUGAGAAAAAUGUUUUUAAUGUUGUAAAUACUUCUACCCUUGGGGUUAGAGACAUGAUUAAAAUUGUAAUAAGUUCUGAAUUCAUUGUUUUGAAGAUUUAUCAUUAUCUUUCUGUUGUGUCCUUUGUUUAACUACUGUGUUUGCUGCUUGCUGUAUGUCACUUUUCACUUUCAGUAGAUUUUAAAUGAACCAUUCUUUCAUUAUACUGAAUUGUGUUAUUUAUCUUUUACAUUUUAUGUGAUAUUUUGUAGUAAUCUCAGAAUUUUUUUAUAUACAUUGUUUCUUAUUCACAGUGUAGAACUUCUUUGUUUUAUCGUUUUCCUGUCUUUUAGUUUUAAAUUCUUCUUGUUUUAAAAGAAAAAUAUAAUAAUAUUAUUUUAUUUGAAAUGUAUACUUUAAAAAAAAUUCUAACUAUUUAAAAAUAGUUUUGUUUUUAAUCUUGGUGUAUCAGCCUCUGUGAUAUUCUCAAGAUUAUCUGAAAAUUAAAAUUAGAUGGGGAAAAAUUGUGUUAAAAUUUCAAUUAGUUCUGCCAGAUUUUAAAUUAUAAUUUUUUCAAACAUGAAACUUACAGAAACUGUUUAUUCACACAAUGUUUAUAUAUAUAUAUAUAUAUAUAUAUAUAUAUGUAAUAAUAUUUAUAAAGCCACCUGCUCUCUUUGGGUCAUAUGACAUAUUAUUUUUUAUCUUUAAAAUGAUUUCUUGGGGGGGGGGUUCUUAAAUUCAUUUUCUACUUCUAAAAAAUUCUUGUAUCUGAAAAAUCUUUUGAGUAUUAAAAAAAAAAAAAAAAAAAUUCCUUCCUUUAAGUGGCUUUAGUUUACCUGUUGUUAUCUAUAAUUUUGCUAGUAUCCAGCACAUGAUAUUACUUAUUUUAGUAGAUGAUUUUUAAAAAGAAAAUUAAUUUUUAGGAUUUUGAGUGUUUCCAUAAUGGAACACAUAUGUUUGGAGAAUGUCUAGCUUAUAUCUAUAACUGUGUGCUUUUCAUGUUUUACAAUUAUUCUAUUAUUUUAAACUUUUAAAUUAAAUUUUUUUUUCAGUUUUACAUGAAUGUUAAAUAAUUUUGCUAAGUACAAAAAUGGUUUAAUUUAUAUACUUUUAAGUUACUAUAAUGUAUAAUUUCUUUUGUAUUGUUAAAUAAGUCUUUCUUGGCUUUUUUUAUGAGAAAAUCCAAUUUUUUUUUUUUUAAUUGCAGUUCAUAAUCUGCUGGAUUAGUUAAAUUCGAGAUAUAGUUAUUCAAAAAUACUUCUCUUGCUCUUUCAAGUAAAGAGCACUUUCUCUUUCCGUUUAUUUUCUCCAGCUUCAUAGCAUUCUUUUUUCUGUGAUCUCUUUUAAUGAAAUACAUUAGCUUUUGAAAUUCACUGAUGUAGAUUAGAGUGACCAGAUAUGGAUUGUGCAGGACAGUCCCAUGUUUCAGUGGGGUAUUUUGCUUCAGGAUAUGACCUGAAUUCUGUAAUUCUGGAAAUUAAUUCUGGAAUUAAUUCUGGAAUUUGUAAAUUAAUUCUGGAAUUUGUAAAUACAUUUGGCCUGAAUUUUGUUAGUAUUGCUCUAUACAAGUGUGAAGAAGUUUCUGUGGAAUCUGAAAUAUAUUCAGCAAUUUAACAAUCAAGCUUUCAAGGUACAAGUUUUAGAGAAAUCUGAAGAUAAACAAAAAUAGCUUGAAAAGAAUUUUUAAAUUUCUCCCAAUCUGUAUUUUUCUUAGAAAAUAGACAUUAAAUUUAAAUCAUAAAUAUUUUAAAUUAAGGCUUAAGAAAAUAGUGUGGAAUGUUAACAGAUGGAAGAAGUAGCUGUCAAGGGAAAAGAAUUUGCUGAAGAAGCAUUAUCUGGUUGCAGAUUGCCAAAGAAUAAAACUGAAAUUGAUUGAGAAUCAUUUUCCAGUAAUCUAGAAUAAUCGUUCUUUUUCAAAUCUGAAAUGUUAUAAUUGAGCUCCACUUUUUACUUUAUUAUUAAAAAUUACGGUAAACAGUAUAUAUUUUGAUAAUAAAUGUAGGCCCGCCAGCAUAAAAAUGUAACUAGAUGUAUUAGAUGAAAUAAUUUAAAUGGAGAUACAGAAAAGACUAUCCUGUAUGUAUUAGUAGAUAUGACUUAUUUGGGGAAGUUUUACACCAGGUUUAUAGCCAUAGUUCUAUGCAAAAUGAAGAGCUGAAGCAUCCUAAUGAUAUAAAAUUCAGUGUGCAUUUUAAAAACUUGUCUGAGUAGAUCAUGGAAGCCUGGAAAUGAAUUUUAUUGAAAAUAACCAAGAAGUGCUGUAAGAAAACUGAUUUCUUAGUCAUGGAUGUUUCUCAUUCUAAUUUUAACUGCCAAGAUGCUGAAAAUGCCAACAUCUUUGAAUCAGCAACAUGUGGCAGGAAGAUAGAUACAUUAAAUCAAUCAGGAUGUGCUGUAAGAAUAAGAAUCAUUAUUAUCUUGCCUUUCAGAAAUUUGCAAAUUUUUUGCAGCUUGAUUUUUACUAAUGAAAGGUAUCACAAGAGUGCUAAAAAUAUGCAUGGAAAUACUGUUCUGCUAAUGAAAAAUAAUUUAUUUCUUUUUCAGAAUGAAUAACAAGAAUUGAGUAAUUGUGAAAGUAGUUUGAGGAAGACCUUUGAAUUUAUUUCAACAGAGUGUAUUUGUUAAAAUACUUUUAAAAAUACUUAAUCUGUGAUUGCUUUAGUUGUUAAUAAAUAUGUAACUUGUGAAUAAAGCCCAAGCAAAAGAUUAUUUUUAACGAAAUUUAGGUUUUAAAUUUACCUACAGAAAUUUGUUUCCAGGCAUUAAAUUUAGGAAGUCUUUUUCCCAAGAAAAUACUGUUGCGUGCAUAUGCGUUUGUGAUAAAUUCAAAGGUCUUCCUCAAAUGCACAAGUCCAAUAAUAGGUUAAUAAUUUUUUUUAUCAAAAUAAAAACUCAAAUGUCUAGAAUUUCAUGGAGAAAUAUUUGUACAAGUGUUCACUGUAUCACACAGUAUAAUUAGUAAUUACACUUCAAACUACUAAGAAUAUUAAACACAUUGGAAUGCAAAAAAGCACAUCUAAAGAGAAAACUAACUCAGAUUUAUUUCAGCACACGGAACUACAAUUUUCAACAACAAUAACUAAGCAACUGGAACUCGGAUGCUCUCUGUCUGGGUUUUUAUACUUUUCAACUGGCCGUCGAGAUAUUUCUAGUACUUUCUGACUCUCGAAACUAUUGGAAAGCAAUAAGAGUGUGGGAUUAUGGUUACAGCUAGCAUAGAAGUCAAUUACAUUUAUUCAAUUUCAAUACAUAUUACGGUGAUACAGAGACCAUGCCCAAAUGGUCACCAAAUAUGAUGAUAAAAUAAGUUGCCAAAAACAUAAUCAGCUUGGUGAUAUCUUGCCAAAUUACUGAGAUACCUAUUUACUUAAUGUUAAAUGCACUUGCCCUUGUAUUCUUAAUUUUCCACCAUAUCGUUCUUUUAAAAUUUGUUUUGCGUUACAUUACUUGAAAAAAUGUAUGAUGAUUUCACUCAGAACUGCACUAAAAUCAUAUAUCUUUGUAGAAAAUUUGUAACAAUAUGUUUAGAAUCCAAUUUAAGAUGCUAUGAAAUGCUUCUGUUGCUUAUCUUGUAACAAACAGACUGAGAAACCUAAGCAUGUCACCCAUUAGAUUUAUUUAUAUAUAGUUUUUAUUAUAAUUAAUUAUUAACAAUAAUGCUAAACUUUAUUUUUUUAGAUAUACUUGAUAUUUAUUUCUAGUGUAGUAAAUUUCAUGCAGAGAGAUAAUUAUAAUUAAAUUUCAGUUUUUAAGUAUGAUCCUGUUAUUGCGUCUUAUGAUGUGUUUCAGCAUCUUGAAUUAUCUGAUCUUUAUUUUUAUAUUAUAAGUUUUCUGCUAAAUAUUCUUAAUUUGAGUUGUAACAAAGCUAUAAAUUGCAUCAACAAUUAUUGAGCAGUGGUAAAAAUUGGUGGCAUGUGAGACAUUUUACUUUCGUUGUCAGUCUCUUCAAAAUGGCUAUAAAAAUUUUUUUAAAUAAAUUAUUAGUGCUUUUAUUUCUAAUCUUAAAGCAUCGUUAUUACAAAAUACUUAUUUUUUAUACAGCAGUGGCCAUUAGCAAAGUUCCAUUCUUAAUGGAAUUCUUCAUUGAAUAACAACUCACUUUCUUGAGCAUACCUUGAAUAUAAUAAGCUGUAGUAUAGCAUAUUAAUUGCUCUGUGCAGGAGGCUCUAGUUGAUUAUGGUGUAAGUUUAUGUGAUGUAGAUAAGAUACAGUUUUGAAUCAAGAUUAUUUUGGAGCAUAUGGAUUUCAUAUUCAAAGGUUGCUUAGUUCUGAUUACUCUGUAUACUUCUUAAAUUCAUUUUCAAACUUUUAAUCAUGUUUUUACUUAUGUAUAUUGCUAUUUUUAGCUGAAUAUAAACCAUUUUCUUUAGAAAUUUUUUUAUGAACGCUUCUUUCUAAUUAGACAGAUUACCUUCACAUGUUCUUCCACAGUCAGUUGAACAUACACACAUACUUAGACGAAUUUGACAUUUCUUUGUUCUGUUACUAAAGUUCUUAUAUGUUCAUGAGGAAAAGUAUUAGCAUUUGAUUGUAGAAAACAGUUAUCACUUUAUUAUUUUUUCCUAAGCAUGCUCCAUAUUUGAUAACAGGCAUCUGAUGUUUCAAAUAUAAUUUGCUCUUAUAAAUUGCAAUGCGUAGUACUAUCAUCUGACAGAUUCCUUAACAUGUGAUCCAGAUGUAAGAUGUGAAUUUCUUUUUUGUAAAAGGAAGGUCAAAACAAAUUAGUGAAUAUAUUUAAUUUACGAAUAAAUUGCAAUAAAACAUCAUUUUCUUCAUUAUACUUUUAAAAACAAAAGGGGAAAACUGAAUUUUUGCUUAAUAGUACUUUUAAAGAAUAAUUAUAAAAACAUUAUGCAGUUAGUUAUGAUAUAAUGAUUCCUGUCAAUAUGUUAAAUAAGUGUAUAUAGUAUGUAUUUUUCAGACAGUGUAUAAAAUUGCUAAAUAGGUUUCACAGCUAUAAUUUGUGGAACUUUUGGAUAAAAAUAAUUAAUUUUUUCAUACUGUCUUGAAAUGUAUAAUUACUUAAUGGUACUAUUAAUUUUGAUUCAUAAAUUAUGCUGUGAAAUGAAAUAAUUGUUGUACAUAAAAAAAUAGGUUGUUAAUUGUUACUGUUGUAGUUCUGAAGACACCUUGUCUUGUUCAUGAAAUUUCUGAAAAUCAGCUGAUGUAAGUCAUUUCUUUUACAUCAUCAUAAAGGAAGAUAUAUUUUUGAAAAGAAAAGGAAAAAAAAAUAUCCCUCAUAGAAUUAAUAUAAUUUGUGUUAUGCGUACCAAUUUUGUAACUGGAUUUCUUGCUUUUUAUUUCUGUAUUUUGUAAAGGACAAAAUAAAAUUGAGUUAUUUUCAGUUUCAGUAAUAAACUCAAUUCAAAUAAAAUGCUUAGUGUAGUACUAUAAUUAAUACUCAUUUCAAAUUAAAUUUAAGUUUCAGUUAUUUUCUUUUUGAGGUCAUCAGUUUUACGUAAUGCUUGUUUAACACUUCAGUACAAUACUUAAUAUCAAUUAAAAAGCUGUUAAGUUUCAGUUAUUUUCUAUGGCCAUUUCUAUGUAAUGCUCAUUUUUGUGUGGCUACAGAUGUGAGGUUAGCACAUCAUGUUGCAUGCUGAGAAUAAAAUUCUUAGCAAAGCUGUGUGCUUCAGUUUUAUAUAUUGUAUAUCGCUAAAGAAGUAGACUAAAAGUAUGUGUGUGCACAUAUAUUUGUUAGCCAUUGAUUGACAUCUUAGUUGGAUUAUGGCACUUGUCAAUAAAUUCAUGAUAUUUUUAUAAAUGCAUAUUGAGAUUAUGUUAUUUGUAUAUGCUUAUGGAAGUCAUUAAAUCUGGAACUAUCAAUUGUAUAUUUUAAUAUGUUCCUGCUAUUCUUGCAUAGCAUUUAAGGCCAUUUGCUGAAGUAUGUAGCUUUAUUUCUCUUCUACUUAGUUCUUUGCCAUAUUUGUAAUGUUGGAAAAAACAAUAAAAUGAUUUAAACUUCAA